AUGCUCCGACGUGUUUACAUCGUCUCCUUGUUGUUCAUCGCAGCCUCGCUCGUUUUCCUGCCUUCAACAUUGCUCAGCAAAAAGCUGGAAGAUAAAAGCUACCGGUAUAUAAACGAUGCUGAGUUCAAAUCAUUUCUACAAACCCAUCACCAAGAACAUCAAUCAGAAAACUUGAGCAUUCUAAAGGCACCAGUGCACAACCAUCGUGAAAAUGCUACAUUCCUAAUGUUGGCUCGAAACCAUGAUUUAUAUUUGGUGUUGGAAACUAUACAAGUGGUACAGGAUCGAUUCAAUGACAAGUUUAAUUAUGAUUACACUUUUCUCAAUGACGAACCAUUCUCAUCCGACUUUAUCUACCUUAUCGGUAGUUACAUUACUCGUGGAAAAGUUAAUUUUGGAGUUAUACCUAAGGAACAUUGGUCAUAUCCCAGUCACAUCAAUACUACCAAAUGUGCUGAAGUACGGGCUAACUUUGCUGAUAUUCCAUAUGGAGAUUCGGAAAGUUAUCGACAUAUGUGUCGUUUCUAUUCAGGGUUUUUCUACAAACAUGAGAUGGUGAGACAGUAUCAGUAUUAUUGGAGGAUAGAACCGGAUAUCAAGUUAUAUUGCGAUGUGAAUGAAGACUUGUUUCGUACAAUGAGGGAAAAACAUAAGAAAUAUGGCUUUGCUAUUGCUCUUUUUGAAUAUUCUGAAACCAUACCAACUUUAUGGCCCCAUGUGCUCGAGUACAUAAAAGAACGACAAUUGCAACCUGAGCUUUUGCCAAUGUUCACCAAUAAGUUCAACUGGUACAACUUGUGUCAUUUUUGGUCAAAUUUUGAAAUAGCAAAUCUAGAUGUCUUUAAUGAUCCUCAGUAUGAGGACUUUUUUGAAUACUUGGAUUCGGUGGGUGGGUUUUUCUAUGAGCGAUGGGGUGAUGCUCCUAUACAUACAAUGGCAAUGAUGAUAAUGUUGUCCAAAAAAGAUCUCCACUGGUUUGCAAAUAUCGGGUAUACCCAUCCACCAUAUGUGCAAUGUCCUCAAAAUCCUGCAAUUUACGUGCAAAAUAGAUGUGUAUGUGAUCCCGAUGAAGAUGUUACGUUAAAUGAUAAUACAAGUUGCAACAGCCAUUUCCUCAGGUUUUUAGAAAGCUAA